AUGACCGCAAUGCAAACAGAAGACAUGAAUGACCACACUUUCCUCCAAAACCAACUUCGCGAACUUCGUAACUGCAUUGAUAUAAUCUGGAGUAAUACUUAUGAAGCUGUAAGCAAACAUGGAGCUAGUGGAGGUGGAGGGCAUAGUAACGCAAUCCGGGGGAAAAUACCUAGAGAACCUACUGACUAUCAAAAAGAAGCGAUAAAAGCUGCCCACGUUGAAUUCAACGAAAUAAUGAAUCAAGUGUAUAUGGUAGUGCAAGACGCGAAAUACACACUCCACCAAGAGUAUCUACUAACAAAACAGAAAGAAGAUGCUGGUGCUACAUCGUCUUCAACGAUGACAGGAAUCGAAAUUGCAUCCAACUCGGCAGCAAACCGAGAACUCGUCAAAGCAAAACAACGAAAGAAACUUCAAGAACUCAGAAAAGCAUUGGGUAUUAUUCAGGAUAACGCUAAGGAUGAUGAACUUCAAGAAACAAAAACAGAAAAAGGUAAAAGUUUGGCUGCUGCUGCUACUUCAUCCUCAUCAUCUUCGGUGUCGUUAAUGAAAGUUGACGAUGCGGAUGUUAUCAAAAUAGAGGAUGAUUAG